GGAAGCCGAGGCGCCUAGUCUCUGGUCCGACGGUUCCUCUGAAGGCAGACCUAGGCUAGGCAGGCCAGACCCCUUCCAUCUACUGCCCCAAACUCCCUGGACGCUGCUUGCUUGAAGAGCUCUUGAGCCCCAGGCGGCGUUGGAAGCACGACCUGAUUGUAGCCGGCAGAAGGCACAAGGAUUGUGCAGUUGGCUGGGGACAGUGUGUCCUGGGAAUGAACCCAAGGACACCUUUGUCCAGCCCUAGAGAGCCAGCCAGGGCAGGCUACUCCUCGGGCCAGGAUCUAGCCAAAGACGUUUCUGGCAUGGAGAGACUUCGCUAGCUUGCAUUUCACCUGUGGGUGGUUGGGCAUGACUGGCCCCAGGGUGCAAGUGUGCGGUCAGUCCCUGCUCUUCUUUGCCAGGCUUAUCCUGCUUGCCAUAUUCCUGAUGCUUCUGUGUGGGGUCACGGCCAGCUGUGUACGGUUCUGCUGUCUGAGGAAGCAGCCGCACACCCAGACACACAUGCCACCAGCAUGGCAGCCCUGUGACCUGACAGCCAUCCCUGUGGACAGUGACAGCCCUGCACACAGCACUGUAACCUCCUACAGUUCCGUGCAGUACCCACUGGGCAUGCGGUUGCCCCUGUCCUUUGGAGAGCCGGACCCUGACUCCAUGGUCCCUCCCACCUACAGCUUGUAUGCUUCCGAGCUGCCGCCCUCCUACGAAGAGGUUGUGAAGAUGACAAAGGCCAGAGAGGAAGCAGCGGCUCCCUCUGGGAAACGUAACUCUCUGCCUGAGGCCUUGGGGCUAGAGACUACUCCAGGGCACCAAGAGCCAGGCCCCAGUGCCCAGCAGCCCUAGCUGUGCCCCUUUGAAAAGGGUAGGAUCCUGGCACUUAGAACCAAGGACCCCCACCUGUGCCAUCCUUCCCCCGGGAAGACCAGCCAUCCAGCACAUUGCUGCAGACUCAUUGCUAUGCAAUGCCCGGCCAGCCAGCCUGCCCUGGAUUGGCCCCUCCUCCUUACCCCUGCCACCCAUGGGGGCCCAGCAGACCCUCAGCCCGGAGGAGCCUGAACCUUGAGAGCUCAAGCGACUGGCAAAUCAGUCCUUUGAAAGAGAGAAUAAAGUUUACGUGAACAUGG